AUGUCGAUCCGAUCCAGCCGCCUUCUGUCACUUGUCUCCAGAGCCACGUCGCUGCGAGCCAGCCCAAACGGACUCUGCCCGCUGGCUCAGCGAGCUUUCUCGACCCCUGUGGAGGCUGAAGCCGAAGCGCCUGUCGGUGCCAGCCAGUCAGCAGCCCAGUCAAUCCAGUCUCCGCUUCUGAAGGAGCGAGAGCACGCUGCCAAGCUGGCUGCUUUCCAGGAGCGCACCGGUCUUGUUUUCUCGAGCACAGCAGUUCUGGACGACGCCCUCACUCACCGAUCCUACAAGGAGGGUGCCAGUCCCGCCAGCGGCAGAUAUCAGGUCCUCGGCGCCAAGGUCAUCGAUUUGUUUGUCUCUGAAUACGUCUAUGCAAAGUACCCAAGUCUCCCUGCCGACGCCUUGGAAAGUGUUGCCGAGAGCUACAGCGGCACCGCUGCUUUGGCCACUGUCGGAGGCCUGUUUGGCAUUUCCAACGUCAUGCGAUGGAAGGCCAACGAUGAAAAAACCGUCAGCCGACACGUUGUUGCGCGAGUUUUCCAGGGCCUUGUCGGUGCCCUCUAUGUCGAGAAGGGCCCCAAGGUUACUCGCGAGUUUAUCCAGGCGCAUCUGCUGUCAAGAAAGAUCAACGUCGAGGCUCAUCUGAAGCUUGUGUAUCCCAAAACCGUGCUGGCGAACAUCCUGCGAGAAAAGAACAAGCCCCCAGCGGUCGCUAGGUUGCUCAAGGAGACUGGUCGUCAGAGUGCCAGCCCCGUCUUUGUUGUCGGCGUUUACUCCGGACUCGAGAAGCUCGGCGAAGGCUUUGGUAGCUCACUGGACAUGGCCGAGUUCCGAGCUGCCCGAGAUGCCCUCCAGAAGAACUUUUUGGUGGAGGUAGAAAGUGCCAAUCUCCCGUCGGCCAUCGACGAGGAUGGUAUCUCAUUCUUCGAGAAGAGUGCGUAG